AUGGCUCCUACCCGUGACCCGGUGCCCUCGAAGGGCCGCAGUCGCUUCGCCAGACUCAGGCGGCCCUCAGUCUCCAUCCCAGACAAUACUCCUCUUGAGAGGCUCGAUCUUUCCAACGCCAACGUCUCCGAGAUCUCACUUGCCCCUAUGGAUCGUUCGGUAAACGACAGCGGAUCCGACUUGAGCGUCGGCUCACCCGGAAACUGGAGGAACAAGAGCGGCGCCGCAAAGCCUCCCUUGAAGUUCAAACCCCCCAUGCUUCGCACCCGUCCUUCUCGCCCAGAACUCCGCCCGGAGAUCAGCCGCCCAUGGAGACGGUCUACCGAGAACUUUUACACGACAGCCGACGAGACCAAUGAUUCAGAUGUCGAGUCAAAGUUCAGCUUCGACUCCAGCUCGUGCCUCACUACCGCGACGAGCGUGGAUGAUUCUGACUCUCACUCUUCCAAGUCCGACUCAUAUACCCAAGCCAUUCGGACUCGGCCAUUCACCACCGAAAAGCAGGUCGUCAGGACCAGUGCCGUUCCUCCUGCACCAGCCAAGCCCGCCAACCUCAAGGGCACCCGCGUUGACGUCGUCGCUCCCAGGAGACAAACUAUCCACAUCGAGGUGGCCCCCGUAGCCCCUGCCCCUCCCGUGGUCCAACACAUUACCUCACAUGAUCUCAUUGAACGUGAGAAGGUCCAAGAUGAGCUCAACAAGAAGAUCGAGCUCAUGAGAGAGGAGGCUAUGAGCCUCGUCACUAAGCAGUCCGACACAGAUAGAAGACUCGGAGAUGCCCUGGACCGACUUUCACUAGUCUCCGCCGACAAGGAGAAGAUCGAGAAGCGACGCCGUGAAGAGAAGACGCUCAAGGACAAGAUCGCCCGCGACUACGAUGAGCAAAGCCGUCUCCUUGAUGACGUUAGGAGCGCUCUUGGUGAGCACGAGAAGAGACUUGAUGAUGUUGAGCGUGAACGAGACCAGCUCAAAGGCAUCAAGGAACAACUCGAAGUCAACGCCGUCAAGCUCGAGAAGGAGAUCGAGCAAGAGAGGGAUGCCAAAACAGAAGUCACGACUAAGAACGCGGUGCUUGAGAAGGAUCUCAUUGAGCAGGAGAAGCUCCUUGUCGAGCAGGCGAAGCUCACUAAGCAAUUCGAGGCGCAAUGCCAUGACCUAGAGAGGAGCGUCGGUGAUGCUCACUUCGUCACCAAGGAGACCGAGCGCUCCCUCAUCAAGAGGAUUGCCGCCCUCGAGUUGAUCAAGAACACCAUGGAGCUCCGUGUCACCGGACUCGAGACGGACCUCAUUCGCAAAGGCACUGAGAUCGGUGACAUCACCGCCGAGCGUGACCUCCUUCGCAUGGAAGUCGACAAGUACAAGCCCCAAGUCGACGAGCUCAACAGGGAGAACGGCGCCUUGACAGAGGCCAAGAAGGGCCUGGAGGCACGCAUCGACGACCUCGACCAACAGAAGAAGGGUCUCGAGGCCAACAUUGAGAAGCUCGAGACGGAGAAGAAGGACGCCCAGGCCAGCUUUGAUGCUCUCGACGCCGAAAAGAAGGGCCUCGAGGCCGAUAUGGAGAAGCUGAGCACCGAGAAGAACGACAUUCAGACCCGCUUCGGCGCGCUUGAAGUCGAGAAACAAGAGGUCGAGGUCCGUCUCACAGAGCUCGAGACUACCCACACCGACAUCCAGACCCGCUUCGAGAGCCUCGAAGCCACCAAGGGCGAGCUUGAACUCAGCAAGGGUGAGCUCGAGACGCAGGUAAAGGACCUCGAGGGCUUCAAGACCAAGUACGACAAGCUCAGAAGCCGCAUCGAAGGGCUCAAGGGCAAGAACACGACACUCAAGGGGCAGGUCGGCGAGCUUCUCAAGGACCAAGACGACAAGAUGUCUCAGAUCUCAAGUCUCGCAGAGGAACGCGACAUUCUCCGCUCGGAGAACGAGUCGCUCAAGGAUGAGAAUGAGUCCGUCACUAGCGAGCUCCGACGUGCUGAGUCACUUAUGGGGUCUAUCGCCGGCUCUCUCCCCGGCUCACUCGCGCCAUCAGUUAUCGGCUCCGCCGCCCCUUCCGUCAUCGGCUCCGCGGACGACAGCGAUACAGACACUGUCAAGGGCGACGAUGACGAGAUCCCGCCCGCUCCCGAAGAGGCUCCUCCGGCUCCUCCGGCGCCCGAGGAAGCACCACCCGCGCCGCCAGUGGAGGAGCCUCCUGCGGUUCCCGUCAUCGAAGUCAUCGAGGAGGCUGAGGUCGUCGAAGAGGCACCAGCACCGGCACCAGAGGAAGUCAAAGACGACGCCGCCAGUGUCAUAUCCGCCGCGCCCUCUGAGCUCUCCAAGGCCGUCCCUGAGCCCGAGCCUGAGGUAGUCGAACCUGAGCCCGCCCCCGAGCCCGGGCCCGAGCCUGAGGUAGUCGAGCCUGAGCCCGCCCCGGCCCCCGAGCCGGAGGCAGCGCCCGUCGAAGCCGAUGCCGUCUCCGAGAAGGCCGAGUCCGUAUCCGCCAAGUCCAUCACGCCCUCCGAGCCCGCGGUCAUGGAGGAGCUCCGCAACCGCAUCGCCGAGCUCACGGACCGCAACGACCAGCUCCAGUCCGAGACAGUCAAGCUCGGCUCCCUCACCGCCGAACGCGACGAUCUCGUCACCCGCGUCGCACGGCUAGAGACGGAGGCCGUCAUGGCGCCUGCGCUGCGCCAGGAGAACGCAACCUUGACAUCACAGCUGUCUCUCGUCAAUGCCCAGCUCGACGGCAUACGCGCUUCCUACGACGCUUCGAUCGCCGAGGUAAACAGCCUCAAGGACCAGAUCGGUCAGCUGCGGGGACGUUUGGCUACGCCAUCGGUGCAGUCGUCGCGCUCACGGGAGUCGUCUCAUGCGAGGGCGCCGACGAAGACGAAGAAAAAUGACGAUAAGAAGAAGGAGCAGUUGGUGGUCGUACGGAACCCCAAUGAACGAGGCGGAAUUCAAAUCGUACGACGAUGCGAUCUUCGGGGUAUGAAGAGGUCGUCGUCUCAGCACUCUCACUCCGAGGGCGACAAGAGCGACUAA